AUGGAUGGGGGCUACCAGCUAUGGGCACCCUGGUCUCCACUAGAUGAAUCUCUGCAGUGGCUGAGGGGCACCAUCCCCAGGCCGGGGGCUUCCAAGCCUCUCUUCCGAGGUGGACGGAGCCCAGGUGCUGUCGAUUUAGAAGUGCAGCUUUGUUUCCAGGGCCUCAGUCUGGUCCUGGAGCCUCGUGCAAAGAUGGGAGCAGGACAGCAGCAGCCACCGGGAGCAGCUGGGGAGACAAGAGGGCGCAGUGGGUCUGUGCGUAAACCCCAGGCUGUGCGUCUCACAGGAAUUGAUUCGGUAUUUGGACACCUUGUGACAGUACAGCCCCCACGCUGGAGUGGCUCCCUCAGGGUAUCCAAGCAUUCAGCCUUCCAUCAAGUCAUAAGCACCCGCCAACGCUGGCCCCAAGGACUCCAGGAACCCCAAGUGCGCAUGGCCAUGGCCAUAUGCCGGCAAAUGCUGCGUGCCAUGCUCCUGCUCUACGCUGCCUACAAGAGGUGUGCCUUCGCAUUGCAACAUUCCCACUGA